GUGUGUCGGUGUUGUAUUGUUACAGUGUUUUACUGUGUUUUUACUCUCAGCGUUAUACUGUCGCAGUUCUGCGGUACCGGCUUACAGCGUUACCGUGUUUUACUGUCAGUGCCAUACUCAGUCUGGUACAGCACUAUAGUAUUACCGCACCGCCGCCGUUACCGCGUCCCGCGCCGCACGUCUCGCGAUGUGCGCGUUCUGCAGCAUCAUCACCGGCAUCAUCAGCAUCAUCAUCGCGGCACCGACAGCCCGAGCCAGGCCCUCGCGCCGCAGCAAUGGCCGCCGUCCGCAGGCUCCUGUCCUCGAUCCGCCGAUCGCGCGCUCUGCGCUUCCCGGAGCCGAACCCGGAGCCGAGCGCGAGCCGCGGGACUCGGAGGCGCGCGGUGGCCGCCGCCGCCGCCGCGUGCGUGGCGGCGGGGGGGGCCGCUCUCCUCUACUGGCGGCGCGCGGCGGAGGAGGUGCGGCGGGGGGAUCGUCGUCAUCAUCACCGUGUGGCGCGCGGACUGCCGGCUUUGGGACCGCGCGCCGCCCUGCUGCCCGCGGUGGUGGCCGAAGACCGGGCCGGCGCGAUGGAGUUCGACGACGCCGACGUCUACAUGUCGUCCCACGAGCACCGAUUCCACCUCUUCAGCUCGGUGGAGUACGAGGGCCAGCUGUACAUGACCCCCGAGAACUUCAUCGAGUCGGUGACGAUGAGCGAACCCCGCGGCAAGAAGGCGUGGAGGUCCCUCAGCAAGCAGGAGCUGGAGAAGAUCCUGUCGGACACCCCUCCUGUGUGGAAGGGAACAUCGAAGCUCUUCCGCAACUUGCGUAACCAGGGCAUCAUCGCCUACACGGAGUACCUCUUCCUGCUCUGCAUUCUGACGAAGCCGCACGCAGGAUUCAAAAUCGCAUUCAACAUGUUCGACGCCGACGGGAACCAGAUGGUGGACAAGCGGGAGUUCCUCGUGCUGCAGGAAAUCUUCCGAAAGAAGAACGAGAAGAAAGGCCGAAAAGGAGACGCCGAGAAGUCCGCGCAGCUGAGUUUGCAGCUGUACGGCUAUCAGGUUGCCCCUGUGAACAGCGUUCUUAAAAAAGACCCCCAGGACUUUGCCCCCAGGAGCUACUGGGACGUCCUGAGGCGCAGGACGAGUCAGGCUUUGUUUUCGGACCUCGCCGAGCGUGCAGACGAGAACAUGAUGAUAGACACCACACUUCUGGUGCACUUCUUUGGCAAGAAAGGAAAAGCCGAGCUGACGUUUGACGACUUUUACAGAUUCAUGGACAACCUGCAGACAGAAGUGCUUGAGAUCGAGUUCCUCUCCUACUCCAAGGGGAUGACCACCAUCAGCGAGGAGGACUUUGCCCGCAUCCUCUUGCGUUACACCAACGUGGAGAACAUCAGCAGCUACCUGGAGAAUGUCCGACAGUGCAUCCCAGACGAGAAGGGCAUCACUUUUGAAGAGUUCAGAUCCUUUUUCCAGUUCCUCAACAACCUGGAGGACUUUGCCAUCGCCAUGCAGAUGUACAACUUUGCCAGUCGCUCCAUCGGCCAAGACGAGUUUGCCCGCGCCGUGUACGUGGCGACGGGGCUGAAGCUCACGCGCCACCUGGUGAACACCAUCUUCAAGAUCUUCGACGUGGACCACGACGACCAGCUGAGCUACAAGGAGUUCAUCGGCAUCAUGAAAGACCGGCUGCACCGCGGGGCUCGGGGGUACAAAACUGUAGAGCGGUUCACUUCCUUCAGAUCCUGUCUGAAGAAGGAGCUGUCCAGCAGAUAAGUAUGUCCUCCACACACUCACCUGUACCUGCAGCGGUCACGACCCGCUCACCACACCUACCUGCCUGCCCUGAUUGGCUGGAGAAAUGAGUGACAUUGACUCUAUUUAACACACUUCUAACCUUGUAGGACUCGGUAACUAACACAGUGCACAGUAACAAAGGUACUUAACAUCUGUGACUCCAUCUAUGCGACCAGUUAUUGAACAGACUGCAGCUGUAGGUGUAUUUCUGUGAUAUGAUCCUCGUUUUGUUGGCAUGAAUAUUUUUCAUUAAGUCCUUAACCACUCAGUUCCCUAAGUAAACGUGUUGGUUGGUCACCCUGCAGGAACUUGUACACAGUUACCUUUUAGUUUCUUUAACCACAUUCUGUAGUUUUUGUAGGUAUGGCGUUGGGGGGGGUGCUGGGGUCAAGUCCCACCUCCUGCUGUAGUACCUUUCAUCAAGGCACUUACCCUUACUGGUAAUAUAAGAAUAUAAGAUUUAUAAAAAUUAUACACUGUAAGUAAACUGAAUAAAUUGUAAAAAAGGAACUUAUACAUGGGCGAAUGAGUGUAAGGGGAGUAGUGUACAAACUCAGGUAACUAUUGGUAAAGAAAUGUGAUUGGAAACAGGUAAAAGGACAGAAGCCGCUGCACAUGAAAGCACAGAUCAUGUGGACUGUAACGGUUAUCAGAUGUCAGAUCCAACUGAGGUGCCUUUGUGCUACACGUCCACUUUACCUGUGUGACCUUUGCCCUCUGACCUCCACCAGGUAAGCGGCCUGCGCGGGGCGUCCUUCUCCUCUUGCGUACACGCCCAAGCCGGGAAACACCUGAGGCAGCUGUGGAGUAG